CAGGAAUCACCCACGACAGCCUGUUCGCAGCCCCCACACAGCACCCCGCCAGGCGCUCCGAAGCCUGGGUGAUCCGUGACAGUCUUGGUCCUCCUUUGCGUUCGGAAGUCACUUCCUAGGCCGCGCCACAGGGCGGGAUCCCUCUAGGGCCAGCGCAAAGUGCUGGACACGCACUUGGCCGCCACAAAAGGAGGGCCGCGCAGGGCUUUGUCUUCCGGGACUGCGCGCGCCCACGUUCACAGGACAGCGGGCCAGCGCGCAGUUGUCCUCGUGGGAACCAGGUACCACCCUCUGCUCCCGGGACCCCGCUCUCCCCUCCCCGCGGAUGUGGAAGGCUCUGAUGGGUUGCUCAUGUAAGUCCCAGAAGCAAGUAUUGUUGCUUAAAUAAAGUCUUGCACUUCCAAGAUCCGAUCUCAACCACAGAGUGUAAAAAAGAUCCUGGGACCCAAACAUGUGUAGGAAUUACCAGGCCUGUUCUGCUCCACUGGUCACAGCCUGAAUCCACCCCUCCCCAAAUCCCCUCCCUACAUCCCCUCCCCAAGGCCGCCAAAACGCCCCUGUGGUGGAAGCAAGGGGCCUUGGCUGUGAUUUGCAGUUUCAUGGGCUAGCCACCCAUGAGUCACACAGAUCUACACUGGAACCUCAGCCCUGCCACUCACCCAAGAUGAGUCACUGAUUUCUGAAAUUGCCUUAUUGCCAUAACCCUGGAUUAAAGCACUUGUCAGAUGGGUUAAUACACUCCUUAAGGAUUGUUAUGAAGCUUAAAUGAGAUGUACUUCAUCUACUGUCUGCAAGGAACAGCACUGCAGGGCCCAGCAUGUGUGCAGCACUGAUAGAGAGGUAUGUGGCUGCCAUGGUACUGAGUGGGGCUGGAGAUGCCCUGGGGUACUUCAAUGGAAAGUGGGAGUUCCUCCAGGAUGGGGAGAAGAUUCACCAGCAGCUGGCCCAGCUGGGUGGCUUGGAAGUCAUAGACGUGGGAAGAUGGAGAGUCAGUGAUGACACGGUGAUGCACUUGGCCACAGCAGAAGCCCUCGUGGAGGCCGGGAAGGCUCCGAAGUUGGAUCAACUGUAUUCAUACCUUGCCAGGCAUUACCAAGACUGCAUGAAAGACAUGGAUGGCAGAGCAGCUGGUGCUGCCUCAAUGCGGAAUGCCAUGCGGCUGAAGCCGGCCGAGGCUGAUGGCUGGAGGAUUCCCUUCAAUAGCCAUGAAGGUGGCUGCGGGGCUGCCAUGCGGGCCAUGUGCAUUGGGCUCAGGUUCCCUCACCACAGUCAACUGGAUGCACUGAUCCAAGUGAGCAUUGAGAGUGGCCGAAUGACCCACCACCACCCAACCGGCUACCUGGGAGCCCUUGUAUCUGCCCUUUUUACAAGCUAUGCUGUGAACGGCAAGCCACCCCGGCAGUGGGGUAAAAGACUGUUGGAGGUGCUGCCACAAGCUAAAAAGUACAUCGUCCAGUCUGGCUACUUCGUGGAGGAGAAUCUUCAACAUUGGUCCUACUUCCAAAAUCAAUGGGAAAAAUAUUUGAAACUUAGAGGGAUUUUGGAUGGCAAAGCAGUCCCCAGUUUCCCUGAGCCCUUCAGCGUGAAGCAGAGGGACCAGUUCUACACCUCCCUGAGCUACUCUGGCUGGGGUGGCAGCAGUGGCCAUGAUGCCCCCAUGAUCGCCUAUGAUGCUGUCCUGGCUGCGGGAGACUCCUGGAAGGAACUUGCCCAUCGAGCCUUUUUCCAUGGCGGAGACAGCGAUUCCACAGCUGCCAUUGCUGGCUGCUGGUGGGGAGUUAUGCAUGGUUUUAAAGGUGUGAGUCCCUCCAACUAUGAGAAGCUGGAAUACAGAGACAGGUUGGAGGAAACAGCAAGGGCUUUAUAUUCUCUUGGGUCAGAGGAAGACUCUGGAGUUACCCUUUAGGGACAUACGAUACUCAUUUCUGGAAAUUUCAUUUUUCCUGUUGACCUUUUAUCUGCUCAAUUUCUUUUCACUUUUCUCCAAAGUCUCAAUCUUGUACUCCCAGAGUUUUGCUUGCACAAGUCUCUUAAGCACCUUAAGCUCAGUCUCAUCAUCUGGCUCAUCCUAUUCUCCCUGAGUCUCUCCAUCCUAAUGAAGAGUCUUAUAUCGCAGUUGAUGGGGUCAACAUCUCCCAAGCUAGAGAGCUCCUGUCCUCUUACUCAAGUCUUCAAGUCUUCAUGGGCAUCAUCUCAUCACUCGUUAUAUUUGACUCAAAUUGGGUUUCCCGCAUGCCAAAAGAACUCCAGAGCGAGGGCGUGAGUGUAAGCAGUUUACUUGGAGGUGAUUCCAAGAAAUACUGGCAGAAGAAUGGGGAAAUGACACUGGGAGAGGAAGGGAUACUAUCCUGGGUGUGUCAAGGAGCAGGUUCCCACAGUAGGCCAUUAGUCUGUGUGGAUUCUUUGCUAAGAUAGCCCUCAGACUUGUCCCACCUGAAGAACAAGCAGAACUGGGACUGACUGCAUCGGCACACUGUUCUACCU